UAUCCGGCCGAAACGAACCGAUGACGUAGAGGCGCUUAACUCUCUACAGCAACGACAAUGGGUCUGUUCAGCUUCUUUCAGAGUAACAACGAGAACACAAACAAAGAAAAUGAACAGAAAGAUGCUCUUCAGACUUUGAAAUCAUUCAUUGAGACGCGCCCGUCGUCGCAAUACACAUUUGAUUCAGAGCGAGAUUCACCACGGUCCACCAUUUGCCGUCCUUCUGACUCUACUGAUGGUUCAAAAGAGUGUAUAACAAUAGAGAUGAAUUCCAAGAAGUUAUUUGCCACCAUGCAGUCCCUAGGAUUCUUCUGUGCACUACCCGUGGACCCUACGCAGACAUAUAUGGAAUGUACGCCGAUGCACAAGUCGUAAUUUCCAUCUUCCAAAGAAACCUGCCGAUUUGUAUCUCUGGUGCUUGAAUCUGAUUGAAAGAGAGCACGUAAUUCAACUCUUUUCAGAGAGAAAAUCAAAGCAAAAAUGUAUGUCCUUCAAGAUGGAGCACAUU